AUGUCUCGCCAACCUUCGCAGGCCCACCGGCCGUUGUCCCUCACCGAGGAGCUUGAGAAAUUGGAGCAGUCCAUCACCCUUACACUCCAAGAGAUCGACCACAAUUUCAGUCAAGCUCAUCGAAUAGUCACCACGAGUAUAUUGCCUCUAGUAGAGCAAUAUACCGAGCAUUCCCGAGAUGUCUGGGAAGGUUCCAAGUUUUGGAAACAAUUCUUCGAAGCGAGCGCCAACGUAUCUCUAUCCGGCUAUGAAGAAAGAAACACCGACGACGAAACGACGCAGGACCCCACAGCCACGGAGGAAGAGUUGUCUGCCGACAUAACCCAAAGCACCAGCCUCGACGAGAGCAUGUCCCACGAUACGCCAUCUUACCAGCGCCAUGAAACGCCCCGCGGCGACCAGGCAGACGACCUUGAUCUAACAGAUCUCGCAAUCUCCUCUCACAGCACUCCACGUGCUCCGGGCCACCACCACCAACAGGCCGACGACGACAUGACAACCUCCUCGAUGGAGUACUCGUCCUCUUACGAAAACCUAAGAAGACAAGUCAACGAAUCCGAACCUCCAUUCGACCUCCCAGACUCCUCGACCCUCCCAUCCACUCCAGGCCGCCAGCUCUUCUUCCCCCGCGGCGUCUCCGCCACAACCCCGAUGUCAUCACCAUUCCUCCCGCCCGCGUCGGAGUCACAGACUCAAGACCGUCGAUACCAGAAGACCUCGGACCCAGUACUGCACCAAAUGCUCGACAAAACAUACCGGGUGCAAGCCACGCCGCUCGGAAAGGGAUUCCGCAAUGUGGGCGGCGGCACGAACACUCGAUCCAAGUUCAAUAUCACCACCCCAAAGCUGGCAGAGACUACGUCCAAAUAUGCAUAUGACGACUCGCCGAUUUCCAGCCCGGAGCCAGAGGCACCACAACUCCACUCGGAGAUUUUCUCGUCGCCCAUCAAAGGCAUCGACACCCCGGGCACGAACCGCAAGCGACCGACUAGCAGCAAUCGCAUGCGCGGUAUUCCCAAGCCUGGCAUGAGUGUCUUGACACCUGCUAAGAAGUCUGCGGGCAAGUCGGCUAUGUGGGAUAGCGACGACGAUUUUGAUGACGAUGAUGAGGAUCUUGGGCCUAGUCCUCCUAAGACAAUGCAGUUCCACAUUCCGCAGAGCCGGUUGAUGAGGACGCCUGCAAGGGAGGCAUCUAAACGCAUCGUGACUGAUUUACUAGCUACGGCUGGGGCUGGGGAUAUCACAGAUGACUUUGGCGACGACCAAAGUCCAAGUGUGAUCCGCCGCAUGGAGCGCCUGGAAGAUGAAACUUUCUAA